GGUACUGGCAACUGCAAACUGCCGUUCUCGAACCUCGUGCUCGGGCUAAACCUGGCUGUAUAUUCCGAAUUGGAUCCGUACAAAUGGCGUUACCGUUCAACGCUGCUCCGACGUCGUCGAGGGAGGAUCUUUCGAAGAGAGCUCGGAAACCUUACACCAUCACCAAGUGCAGAGAGAGCUGGACUGAGCCUGAGCACGAUAAGUUCCUCGAAGCUAUUCAACUGUUUGAUCGAGACUGGAAGAAGAUUGAGGCGUUUGUUGGAUCCAAGACUGUCAUUCAGAUACGUAGUCAUGCUCAGAAGUACUUCCUGAAGGUUGAGAAGAGCGGGACAGGUGAACACUUGCCUCCUCCUCGACCUAAGAGGAAAGCUGCUCAUCCAUAUCCUCAAAAAGCUUCAAAAAUCGAUCUUGCACUCGUGUCACGGCCAUUACAGCCAUCAUCUGUUGAACCGGAAUGCAUUACAAAGCCAGAUUCCUCUUCGGUUCCUGUGAGUUUUGUUUCUGCUGCUGCCAUGCCUUCCAGGGCGGAUCAUUCUAUCCACACUGCCAAUUUCUCUCAAGCUGCAAGAGGGGAAGUUAAACAAAAUAACUGUAGCAUUACAAGAACACGUUUUCCAACUAAAUCAUCAAGCAUCGAGGGAAAUAACAACCUUCCGUUGAGAGUUCUGCCAGAUUUUGGUCAGGUUUAUAACUUCAUUGGCAGCGUGUUCGACCCAAAAGCCAUAGAUCAUUUGCAGAGGCUAAACAAGAUGGACCAAAUAGACGUCGAAACCGUGCUUUUGCUGAUGAGAAACUUGGCUAUUAAUCUGUCCAGCCCUGAUUUCGAGGAUCAUAAAAGGGUACUAUCAUCAUAUGAUGCGUUCAUGGAACAUGGGUAGUAAUAAAAACAAAGCUGGAGAGUUCCCCUGUUCAUGGAACAUCGGCUUGUAAUUCUGUUGAAUAUUUUCGCCCACUGGCCACUAUCACUUGUAGAGCAAGAGGGAAGUGGAGGAAUUGAUAGCCAUUCUGCAUACCUCUCUACUUCCUGCUUUCCGAGCAUAUGUAUAGUUCUAAGUUUUGACAUAGAAACCAUGGUGUAUCCACCCCAAUAAUAAGUGGAUCGUCUUUUCCUACAAUUCGAGAAAAUGGAAAUGCAUAUUAUAAUAGCUCAAACCUACCGUUAGUAGAUAUUGUCUUCACGUUUUUAAA